GAUGGAGUCAUAAACCCUCCGAAAAACCUCCCGGCGAGCAGGGUCGUUAAUCUCCUUCACAAACUCUCUCUCAUUUGGAAAUUUGCAGAGGUUGAAAUUGGAUUCGAUUUCCGAUAUGCUGUCCAGUGCGCGCGAGAUCAGAGGCUUAAUUCGAAGGCACGUUGUCGGCGAUCACUGCUACUACACGAAUAGCAAGCAGAAGAGCAAGGCAUCAUUAUACGGGAGAAUCAGCCCCAUGGGGAGCCCUACCGUGAAUGUAACUCCAGAGCUAGAAAAAUGGGUUGAAAUGGGAAAUAAAGUGCGAUUCGCGGAGCUUCAGCGCAUAAUUGUGGACCUCCGAAAGCGUAAACGUUACAACCAAGCGUUACAGGUUUCCGAGUGGAUGAAAAAUAGAGGUUUUGCAUUUACCCCGGUGCAGCACGCCGUGCAGUUGGAUCUGAUUGGUAAGGUUCAUGGGUUCGAAUCUGCAGAAGACUAUUUCAGUAGCUUGAGUGAGGAAGACAAGACUGACAAGGCUUACGGUGCUCUGUUACAUUGUUAUGUCAGGCAGCGCCAAACGGAGAAAGCACUGGUGCAUUUUAAUACCAUUAAAGAGAAGGGUCUUGCUUUAUCUUCUGUAGCUUACAAUGACCUUAUGUGUCUCUACUCCGAUAUUGGCAAGAACGCUGAGAUCCCUGAAAUCUUUAACCAGAUGAGAAAUAACGGUUGUCAGCCUGACAAUUUGAGUUAUCGAAUCUGCAUCACUUCAUUUGGUGCGAGAUCUGAUAUCAAGGGAUUGGAGAGCAUCCUGAAUGAAAUGGAAUGUGAUGCCAAUAUUGUCAUGGAUUGGAAUACAUAUGCAGUCGUGGCGAAUUUCCUUGUUAAAGCUGAGCUCAAAGACAAGGCAAAUAGCAUCCUUGAGAAAGCCGAAGGUAUGCUGGACAGCAAAGAUGGACUCGGGUAUAACCAUCUUAUCUCGCUCCAUGCUCGAAUGGGAAACAGAGACAAAGUUUUGAGUUUAUGGUGUCUUGAGAAGGAUAACUGCAAGAGAUGCCUUAACAAAGAUUACCUAAACAUGCUGGAUUCCUUAGUAAAGCUCGACGAGCUUGAGGAAGCCGAUAAAGUGCUUAAAGAGUGGGAGUUAUCCAGAAAUUGCUACGAUUUCCGGGUGCCCUCUGUUGUCAUUGUUGGAUACAUCGAAAAGGGCUUGUGUGGAAAGUCUGAAGAAUUGCUUAGAGACUUGGUUGGAAUGGGGAAGGAAACAACACCCAAUAUUUGGGGUAGGCUGGUAAUAGGUUAUCUUGAAAAAGGCAAGAUGGAUAAUGGAUUGGAGUGCCUAAAAAUGGCCAUAUCUUUAUGCGAAGCCUACAAAGGGGCAAAGAUUGGUGAUAAAGUUGUCACAAAGUUACUAAAAUUGGUUGGUGAGAAAGGUAGACUUGAUGAUGCUGAGAAAGUAGUAACUUGGUUGAGAUCAGCCAUCCCAUUGAGAAGACAUAUGUAUAAAACAUUUCUGAAUUCCUACAUUACCAGCGGUGGUGAGGAGAGAGAAAGAAUCCUAGACAUCUUGAAAGCUGAUAAAUAUGAAAAAGAUGAAGAAUUCUUAAAGAUUCUUGAAGCAGCUUAGAUAGUUUAAGUGAUGUUGCCAUUUGUACACCUUUCAGGUACCCUUCUAAGUGUUGGAUUAAAUUUUGUAUAAAGUGGGGAUCCAUUUCAAUGGCAAAACAUUUGCAAAGACAUCUGAAAAUUCUCAUAACCACAAGCAAUAAUGGCUGAACAAAACCUCACACAGAAGCACUGGCCAUGCGUUCAUAAGUUUUGACAGAGUUCUAAAAUAAUAAUCUCACCUAUAGAUGCAGAAAUUACCUUGGCUGUGUCUCAAACACAAUCCAUUAUAGCUGUCAAGAGGAUUAAGUCUCAAUUCUGGAUUUACUCGGAGAGGGUAGACUUCAGCUCGCCAUUACUUUGAAGCUCCAGCACAAUAUCACAGCCUCCGAUGAACUCUCCCUUGUAGUAUAAUUGUGGAAAUGUCGGCCAGCUUGAGAAUGUCUUCAAUCCCUGCCUCACCUCCUCAUCAGUCAGAAUAUCGAAAAAUCCAAAUUCGAUACCAUCCUCCUUAAGGGCAUUCACAACCUUAGAGCUAAAACCACAUCUUGGAGCAUCCGGGGUCCCCUUCAUAAAGAGCAUCACAGGAGAAGAAUUUAUCAACCGAUUCAUGCGAUCCUCAAGGGUCUCACCAGAAGAGAUCCCUUUCUCAGUCAGAAUCUUUUUAAGUUCUCCACUCUUUUGCAUUUCCAAGACGAUGUCUGAUCCGCCAAUCAGUUCUCCACCUAUAUAUAGCUGAGGAAAACUUGACCAAUUUGAAUACACUUUUAUCCCUUGGCGAACUUCAUCAUCUGAAAGAAUGUCGAAGCUCUCAAAUGGAACUUUCUCCUGUCUAAGGAUGUCAACAACCUUGCGGCUGAAACCACACCGGGGCUCGUCAGGCUUCCCCUUCAUAAACAGCACGACUGGUGCUAAAUUAAUCAGGCCAUGUAAUCGAUCAGUCAACGCUGCACUCAAGCCGGAGGCUUUAGUGAUGCCGCCCUUUCCACUAUCAGGUUCGGCUUUCUUUCCAUCAUUUGAAUCAAUCGUCUCUAUUCCAUGAUCUUUAAAAAUCUCAGCAAGUUCUCCACUUUCGUGCAUAGAAAUUGCAAUGUCACAGCCACCGAGCAGUUCUCCCUUACAAUAAAGCUGAGGAAAUGUAGGCCAGUUUGAAAACUUCUUCAGUCCCUCACGAAUUUCAUUAUCUGUUAAGAUAUCGAAACUUCCAAAGUUAACCUUUUCUUUCUUCAAGAUAUCAACUACUUUUUGACUAAAACCACAUUUUGGUGACUCAGGGCUGCCUUUCAUGAAAAGCAUGAUAGGCUGAGAAUCAACAAGCUGCUGAAGCUUCUUCUUUAGCUGAUCACCGACACCAGAUUGUGACUGGCGAUCAUGCUGAGAUCCACCAUUUACCAUGGCAAGCUCCUUGACUGUUUCGAGAAUGGUGGGCCCUGCGGCCAUCCCAAGACUCGCCGGAGCUGCAGGCUCCUGGGAACUAAUUCCGCCUGCAACUUUAGCAACCUUGUUGGCCAAGCUUGAAGGAUCAGCUCCUUCUAGUGUAUCAACUGCUUUUCCAUCCUAGUAAAACC